CUCCACGUUGAGUGCUCCCUUAUCUAAAGUAAACAUUAUCGUUUCUCACUUAGAGCCAACAGCCAUCGUGCCAUUCUUUUAUCCCCUACAGUCCAAGAUGGUCUUUUCGCAUUACAUCGCCGCCAGCCCUUACAGUGCUGGCGACAGUGUCCCGUACUGGGUGUGGUUGUUCAUCUCGGCCGAUCGCAACACCGCCGACAACUGCUUCCGGAUCCUCCAGGAAAACCUAGGCCGGACGCUGAAGGUCCCCAGGGGACCGACCUAUGGUGAUCGACACUUUACACCGCAGGCCAUCACGCGUGCGUCACCGCGGUUCUGGACGGUGCAGAUCGGCGAGAACAACCUCGAAGCCUUCAGUGGACUGGGGGCGGCGGUGGCGCUCACCUCCGACACCGGCGAGACUGAUUCCGUGUUCCACCCCAUCAAGGGCAAGAUGCUCUGCUACUGGAUGGGGGCCUACAGCAACGGCAUGUCGCGCGUUCUGCCGGAGCUGGGCCAUGGCGACCGGGAGUUCGACACGCUGUCGGGCUACAGCUUCUUCGUGCGGCGCCGGGGCUACACCACCAGCUACUGGUACUGCGACGGCAGCAUGAUCUACCUGUCCGACACGAAGCGGUCACGCUUCACCAUCACCAUCACCGACGCCGCGGGCACCCCCUGGACCCCUAAGGCCAAGGAGCGCGUGCCCCUCAUCUACUCCGACCACGUCGCCAUUUCCUGGUCCACCGCCAAGGGCAAGUCGCUGCGCGUGGGACUCGACGACCAAGACGAUGGUCUGAUUGUCACCGGCGGCGACCAGCAGAUCUUUACCUUCCGCGACUUUAGCGGCCGGUUCUACCUGCGAGACCGCGAUGUUCUGCACGAACAGACCCAUACCACCGUGCAGGGGGUCUGUUGGUCGGAUCGGGUGGCCUUUGAGGACAGUUUUGAGGUCUGUUACGGUAGUCACGCAGAUGAGUAUCUGUGAGGGGGAAUGACCUCGAGGCAAGCAAGGGGCGGGGGAUUUGGAGACUGCAAUCUUCGUGUCACAGUCCUGUAUUGUUUUGGCAUUCUUAAAAGCCACAAACAUGUGAUGACGGUACAGGUCACGGUUUUUGGUAACCAAAAAGUUCCUUCGGUUAGGCUUGGUCAGACACUGGUGCCCAAGUUGGGGAACUGCCGCUUAAGUCGCGCGAAGUUAGGCCAAGCUUGGUGUAGUAAAGCAGCGAAGAGAAAUUGCCUUAUAUCCAUAGGGGUUCCGUAUCUUGAGACAUUCCCUAUUCCCGAAUGAAGUACGGAGUAGUAGCGUGUAGUAUCUGGACAUUUCAUUGGAUGAGGCGACAUUCC